UGCCUCAGAGAUCAGCUUUCGCAUUCAGGAAAGCUCUGAGGCGAUGGCUUCCAAUAGCUUUCGUCUGUCAGAGGUGCAGUUUCAGUGUUCCAUCUGCCAAGAUGUUUUCUCAGAGCCCGUCUCCAUCCCCUGCGGUCACAGCUUCUGCUUCACCUGCAUCACAACACACUGGGACGUUAGCCGUGCAAUUAGCUGCCCCAAAUGUCUCACAGUCUUUGAAGGCCGCCCUGAGCUUUGUGAAAACUCUUUUGCGAAGGAAAUUUCAGAGCAGAUCCGAGCGAGAAGGCAGAACGGCGUGAUUGCAGCGACAGAAAAAGUCAUCUAUUGCGAUGUGUGCACAGGAACGAAAACUGAGGCACAGAAAUCAUGCCUCACGUGUCUGACUUCGUACUGCGAGAUGCACCUGGAGCCUCACCUGAGAGUUGCCACCUUGAGGAUUCACAAGCUGAUUGAACCUGUGGCAAUGCUGCAGAACAGGAUGUGUAAAGAGCACCGAAGGCUUUUGGAGCUGUUCUGCAGAAGUGACCAGAGGUGUGUUUGUGUGCUGUGCACCGAAACCGACCACCGCUCUCACAAAACGGUCCCAGUGGAACGAGAAAGCCAAGAGAGGAAGGCGCAGAUGAAGAGGAUCGAGGGUGAUGUUCAGCAAAUGAUCCAGGACAGACUGCAGAAAGUGGAGGAGAUUAAACGAUGUGUGGAGCUCAGCAAAGUAAAUUCAAAGAGAGACAUAGAGAAAAGCGUGCAGGUUUUCUCCGCUCUCAUUCGUACCAUGGAGAGAAAUCAAGCCGAGCUGGUGGAGAUGAUCCAGAGGAGGCAGGUGGCAGCGGAGCAGAGGGCAGACAGGCUCGUUGCAGAACUGGAGCUGGAAAUCACUGAACUGCAGAGGAGAAGAAGUGAAAUGGAGCAGCUUUUUCACACAGAUGACCACCUCCAUCUCAUACAGAGGUUUCCAGCUCUGAGUUCUCCUCCAUCGUCCAAAUCCUGCUCUGAAAUCAUCGUCCAUGCAGACACCAGUUUGGGGAUAUUACGCAGAGCAGUGGUCAACAUUGUGCAGCAGCUGCAAUCGGAGCUGAAAAAACUUUCCAUUCAAGAGCAUGAGAAGAUUCAGCAGUAUGCAGCUGAUGUUCAGCUGGACCCCAGGACAGCCAACCCUUGGCUGGUUUUAUCAGAGGAUGGGAGGCAGGUCUGGGAUGGAGAGGCUGAACAAAACGUGGCCGACAUACCAGAGCGUUUUGACACGGCGCCAUGUGUCCUCGCCCUCAAGGGAUUCACCACAGGAAGGCACUACUGGGAGGUGGAUGUCGGAGACAAGACAGCGUGGGAUCUAGGUGUAGCUAAAGAAUCAGUCAACAGGAAAGGUUUGAUCACACUGUGUCCAGAAGAUGGUUAUUGGACUAUCUGUUUGAGGAAGGGCAGUGAGUACCGGGCAUGUGCUGGACAGGCAGAGCUGUUGUGCCUCGCUCAGAGACCACAUGUCGUUGGGGUGUUUUUGGAUUAUGAGGAAGGCAGGGUGUCGUUUUACGACGCAGAGACCCAGUCACACAUCUAUUCUUUCAAAUGCGUCCGAUUCACCGACGCCAUGCUUCCCCUUUUUAACCCUGACAUGAGUGACAACGGCAGCAACAAAUCACCACUUAUCAUCCGCCUAGUCAGUGGAAUUGAUGAAGGCAAGGACUUAGAUGACAUCACUAUAUGA